AUGUCAUCCGCCGAGGCGACAGCUUCCUCCAUCGAAGCCAGCGGGUCUGCGGCCGAGACAUCAGCAUCCACCACUGCCGCCUCAACCGAAAACGCUGUCUCGGCCAGCAACAGCAAUGCCGGACCCAGUGACUCCCCGGUGUCGACAUACAGGUUCGCGACAUCGACCAUUUACAUCACGACCACAAAAACCAUCACGUCGUGCGCGCCCACGGUCACAUCCUGUCCGGCGGGGUCGACAGUGAUCGUCACGGAAGUCGUGGCCGUCUCGACAACUGUGUGCCCUAUCACCGAAGCUCCAGUGACUGAGGUCCCCAUCACUGAACCCAACGGUACCGUUGCCCCUAUGAUCACCGUAACUAGUGCGGCUGCAAGCGUGGCUCCCGCGGCCAACCCGCCUGCACCCAGCGGCAGCGGCAAUGGAGAGACGGCGACGACUCUUCGAAUUAACCUGGCCGGCGGCUAUCAAACAAAGACGGCCACGGCGUCGCAAGCCGUCGUCACGGCUGGCGCCGCAGGGAGCUUUGGUACUGCUUCAGGAAUGCGUGUCGUCGGUUUGCUGGUUGGGGUGGUUGCGGUUGUGGUUUUCUGA